GGCGGUGCCAGCUCGCCGUUGUCACCGUGAUUGAUCCCCUCCCGCCGUUGUCACCCGGCCCUGGUGACGCAGGUGCCCUGGUUUCGGGUUCCUCCGACCUGGAUCACGUGGAUUUAUUGGGAAUUUCAGGCUCUGGAAGGUUGUGGCAGAGCAGGAAGAGCCGGUUGGUGCCAGUGCCAGGGCAUGGCUUUGCCCAAAAUCCUGGACUUUGGCCCCGUGGGUAAACACAGGGAGCCAGAGGUGCUGGAAUUUGGGGGAAAUCCUGGUGGAAAAGAGGCUGGAGGCCAAAACCAGCCGGUCUGGAAGUGGUUUGGGAUAACCCAGCAGCUUUGGCUCCGAGAUGGGGAAAACCUCAAUGGAAAACAUCCUAAAUGGGUGCCAAAACCCAGCUGUUUUGGCUGGAAGUGGUUUGGGAUAAUGGAAACAGCCCGAGUGGUGCCAGGAGCCCCAAACCAGCUGGUGUGGAAAGUGGUUUGGGAUAAUCCCGCAGUUCCUGCUGGAUUUGGGGUUGGCCCCUGCUCAGCUCUGGCUGCCUGGUGGUCCCAUUCCCUGCCUGGGCACGGCUCAGGAUUGGGGAUCAGCCCAUACCCUGCUCCCAGCACCCUUCCCUGGGUGGUGGGGGGAGCCAGGGCAGCUCCAGCCUCUUUUUCCAGCUCCAGCCUCUUUUUCCAGCGCCCGCCUGCGAAUUGCAAAACAACUUUCUGGGUUAACGUUGUCGUCGGGCGGCACAAAGGGCUCAUUGUGAGCGCCGCUGGCUCGGGGCCAUCCCGGCUCUGCCACUCCAGAGGUGCCUGACUGGCCUCUCCCCCUGCCACGAACCCCCCCAUCCCUCUGCCCGCCCACCCCGAGCCGGGAUUCAGGUGUUUUGUGGCGCCCCGGGGACAAAUCCCAGCCUAUUUUUAGCCCCAAUUUCCGGCUCCUUCCUUGUGGUUUGCGGUGAACUCCCCUCCCGGGGCUGUGUUUCCAGGCCCGAGUUGGGUGGUGUUGCUUUCCCACAUAGGAAUGUGAUCCGGCUGCAGCCCUUUAUCUGCCAGAGAGCUGGAGCCUUUCCAGAAGGAGGGAGGAAUUCCUGGGAGAUUACCGGGCCUGGCUCACCUGCUCCCUCCCAGCUCCCCCCUCCUCGUGAGCGCUGCCCAGAGCCCCCCAAACGGUGCAUCUCGGCUCAGGUGGGGAGGGCAAAGCCUCUCCCUGUGGUUUCUUGGGAGAACAAAACAAAAAAAAAAAAGUGGAUCAUCCUCCUGGCCAGCUGGGAUUGAGCCCAGUGCCAUCCCCGACUGUGUCCGACCCCCGUGGUUUUCCACCACCUGCUUCCCACCCGUGCCAGGCCGGAUGGUGGGACGGAGCCUUGGCUGUGGGAUGAUGCUGUGCCGGCCCUCACCGCCCAUCCAAAGGUCUCCCUGAGCCGGGAGCUGCACCCAGAGCUCUCCCAGUUCCCACCCCAAUCCAGGUGAGAGGGCUGAGCCCUCUCCCCGCCCGGUGCCGGGGAUUCGUCACCGGCUGCACUUUGGACACCGGCGGCCAUGGAAUAUUCUGAGUCCGGUGCCAAAGCCGCUUCCCAGCCCCAGGUUUCCCACUGCAGGACCGCCGAGCCCGCGGGGAUGGAGCGGCCGGCGGGGAUGGAGAAGCAGAGCCCCGUGGAUUACGGCGUGCAGAUCCGCUUCAUCAACGACCUCCAGGAGCCCCGCAGACCCCCGAAGCCGCGGGGCAAGCCCGGCUCUUACGGCGUGGCCGUGCGGGUCCAGGGCAUCGCCGGCCAGCCCUUCGUGGUGCUCAACAGCGGCGACAAGGGGGGCGAGUCUUUCGGCGUGCAGAUCAAGAGCGAGGGGUCCUACCCGAGCCCCCCCUGGCCCUCGGGCUCCGUCAGCUCCGACUCGGACCUGCCGGAGAAUCCCUACGCGGGGCGGCAGAUCCGGCACGGCUCCUACAGCACCUCGGAUGAGGAGGCUCCGGGGGGCUCGGGGGGCUCCCGGCGGGACCCCCAAGCCGCGGCGGGCAGGCGGGUGGCCGGCGAGGAGCUGCGGAGGACACAGUCCCACGGGGACCUGCUCAGCGCCACCGGGGACGAGCCCGCGGCCGGCGGCAUUCCCGGGAUUCAGCAGCAGCAGCAGCAGCAGCAGCAGCAGCGGGCCCUGGCCGGUGGGAAGAGCGGCAUCGCCCCGGGGCACAAAACCACGAGGGCAGCGGGAAAGGAGCCUUGCUCGGACACGGAGGUGGCCGGCGGGGACGUGGACACCAAGCCGCUGUCCUCGGUGGAUUCGCUGAUCAGCAAGUUCGACGGGAAGGUGCAGCAGCAGCGGGGAAGGGCAGCCAGGAGAGGCCGCAUCCCCUCGGCCGAGAGGAAGCGCUCCCAGAGCCUGGACGGCCGCGUGGCCCACCGGGAUGUCCCGGACACCCGCGGCACUCGCCCCCAGCCCUCGGGGCCCAGCGGCAGCCGGAGCCCCACGCGUGGAUCCGCGGGGAUGGAGGGGGAAGGGAUGAAGAUCCAGCGGGGAAUUCGGGCCGCGGAGGAGCAGAGCAAAGCCCGGGCAGAGCUGCAGCUCAAAUCCACCCCGGACCUGCUGCGGGAUCAGCGGGAGGUGGCCCAGCCUGGCAGCAGUGAACACCCCAAGGAGCUCAUCUACAGCAUCCUGAAGGAGGGGAGCAGCGAGAGCGAAAUCUCCCUGAAGAGGAAAACCGCCCGGCUGCUGGAGAAGAUGCAGGAGCUGGCGGUGCCCCCCAAGGACAUGGCGUGUUCCCAACCCCAGCACAGGGAACUGGCCAGGAAGGUGGAGGAGCUGCAGGAGAAGCUGGAUGAGGAGACCAAGCUCCGCCAGAAGCUGGAGCUGCCCGGUGGCCCCUCCCGGCUCCGGGAGGCCGAAACGGAGACCCAGCGGCUCCGGGGGGCUCUGGAGAAGAAAAACCAGGAGCUGCAGAGGAGUUUGCAGGAGCUGAAGGAGGUGAAAUCCUCCAAGGAGCAGGUGGAGAGCCGGCUGGGGGACUGCGAGGAGCAGCUCCUGGCCACGCGCCGGGAGCUCGAGCGGCUGCGCCAGAGCUCGGGAGCUUCCCCGGACGCCGAAUCCCUGUACAAGGAGCUGCUGGAGGCCCGGGAGGAGCUGGAGGAGGCCCUGAGCUCGCGGCAGAGGCAGGAGGAGCAGCUGCGGCUGCGGGAGCGGGAGCUGACGGCGCUCAAGGGGGCCCUCAAGGAGGAGGUGGCCACCCACGACAGGGAGCUGGAGAGGGUCAGGCAGCAGUGCCAGAGCGACAUGGACCAGCUGAGGAGGAGCAUGGAGGGCAUCUCGCAGGAUAAAGCCAACCUGGAGUCAGAGAGGCAGAAGGUGAGCGCGGUGGUGAGGAACCUGCAGCGGGAGCUGGAGGAGAGCGCGGAGGAGACGGGGCACUGGCGGGACAUGUUCCAGAAGAACAAGGACGAGCUCAGGAGCACCAAGCAGGAGCUGCUGCAGGUGAAGCUGGAGCGGGAGGAGUUCGAGGAGGAGCUGCGGGAGCUCCGGGAGCGCUUCCAGGCCGCCCGCGAGGAGGCCGAUCAGGCCCGGAGCAGCACCGCCGAUCCCGAGGAGCUGGAGGCCCUCAGGAAGGAGCUGCGGGAGGUGCGGGAGGCGCGGCGGGAGCUGGCGGAGGAGCGGCAGGGCCGGGAGGAGCGGCUGCGGGAGCGGGAGCGGGAGCUGCUGGCGCUGAGGGGGGCCCUGAGGGACAAGGAAUCCGACCGGGAUGAGGAGCUGGAGCGGCUCCGCAGGGACCUGCAGCGGCUCCAGGAGGAGCGGGACGAGGCCGCCAAGGCAAAGGCGUCCCUGGAGAGCGCCCGGGAGGCGUCGGAGCAGGCGAGGAAGGCGGUGGAGGGCAGCCUGCGGGAAGUGCAGGAGCAGAACGACGACCUGAGGAGGAAAUUCCUGGGCAUGGAGACGCAGCUGAAGGAGUACGAGCGCCUGGGAGAGAACUGGGAGGGCUCCCAGGCGCGGCUCAAGGAGAAGGUCACCAAACUGGAGGCAGAGCGCAGGCACAUGGAGGAGUCGCUGGGAGAGGCCACGGAGCGGGAGCAGGAGCUGCUGUUGGCCAAGAGGUCCCUGGAGACGCGGCUGGAGGAGGCCGAGAGGAGCCUGGCACGGCUGGCACAGGAGCACCAGGACCUGAGCUCGUCCCUGCAGGAGGAGCAGCGGCAGAAGGAGCAGCUCAAGCGCUCCAAGAACGAGCUGGAGGAGCAGAAGCGGCUCCUGGACCGCACCACCGAGAAGCUCAACAGAGAGCUGGAGCAGAUGACGGCGGAGUCCCAGAGCUCCCUGGGCGCGCUGAGGUCGCAGCUGGAGGAAUUCAAGGAAAAAUCGCGGAGGGAGAUCACGGACUCCCAAAAGCAGGCCAAGGACCGCGGGGCCGAGGUGGAGAAGAUGCAGCUCAGCCUCGGGCGGCUGCAGGACGAGGUGUCCCGGCUCAAGCAGGCGCUGCAGGAGAGCCAGGCCGAGCGGGACAACGUCCUGCUGGACAAGGAGGUGCUGCUGCAGCGCCUGCACAACCUGGAGCAGGAGAUGGAGGCCAGGAAGCGCUCGCAGGACGAUCGCUCCCGCCACCUCAAGGCGCUGGAGGAGAAGUCCAAGCGGCUGGAAGUGGAGCUGGAUGAGGAGAGGAGCACGGUGGAGCUGCUGACAGAGAGGGUCAACCGGAGCAGGGACCAGAUCGACCAGCUGCGGGCAGAGCUGCUCCAGGAGCGCUCCAGCCGGCAGGACCUGGAAUGUGACAAGGUGUCGCUGGAGCGGCAGAACAAGGAGCUGAAGAACCGCCUGGCCAGUUCCGAGGGGCAGCACAGGCCCAGCAGCAACAUUUCCCAGCUGGAAGCGCGGCUGGAGGAGCUGCAGGACCAGCUGCAGGCAGAGGAGAGGGAGAAGAACGCCCUGCUCUCCUCCAACCGCAAGCUGGAGAGGAAGGUGAAGGAGCUCACCAUCCAGAUCGACGACGAGCGGCAGAACGUCAGCAACCAGAAGGACCAGCUGAGCCUGCGGGUGAAGGCCCUGAAGCGCCAGGUGGACGAGGCCGAGGAGGAGAUCGAGCGCUUGGAAGGCGCCCGGAAAAAGGCGCAGCGGGAGCUGGAGGAGCAGCACGAGCUCAACGAGCAGCUGCAGAACCGCGUCAAGGCGCUGGAGAAGGAGGCCUGGCGCAAAGCGGCGCGCUCGGCCGCCGACUCCUCGCUGCAGGACGAGCAGCUGAGCUCGGACGAGGAGUUCGACAGCGCCUACGGGCCCUCCUCCAUCGCCUCCCUGCUCAACGAGCCCAACCUCCAAACCAGCUCCUGCUGACAACUUCGGGUCAGCCGUGGGUGCUGCUGCUGCUGCUGCUGCUGCUGCUGCUCGAGGAGAAACUCUUCCAAGGGCAUGAAGGAAGGAGGGGUGGGAACCCCCUGGGGGAUCCCCCCCAUGGACACUGUUCUCAGCUCUUUAUCUUCGUACGGGUCUCAGGGCGUGUUUGCACCGCGGUUUUGGGGGGUUUGGGGGGGACCUGCUCACCGUCCCUGUUGUGGCCUGGGUGACCAGGACACCAUGGCCCCCGGGUUCAGGGUCCCGUGGGGGUAUCUGGGGACCCCCCCCGGGUGGGGUCACCCCGGUUUAUUUUUCUAUGCAGCCCCCCCCCCAAGCGCUGUUUUAAAUAAACCCCCGCAUUUUAA